CAUGGUCAGUCGCUUUCCGAAGCUCCGCCGUGGAAUUCGAUCCUUCAAGUGGGAGCAGCAGUUCCUUUGUCCUUUGAAACUGUGUAAAGUUUAGCGGAGAUGUGUUUCGAAACUAUUUAGCCAAAAGGUUAGUCUUGAGGUUUCCUCUUCAAGGCAAUGUAGCGACGCUCUACCAGUGCUUCACUUUAAAAUAUGAACAAAAUGUUGCUUCCUUUGAUGAGACCUUGGGUUCUGCCGCUGUUGCUUCUAUCUGCAGCAGCGCCGAUGCGUUCGGCACCCCUCAUCCGAGCAGAGGCGAAAACGGUGCCCUGGGACUUGCUGCCAGAGAGCCGAGAGCUCCUGCCGGACAGCGAUUGGGGGUGGGUCCAGCCAGAAGCCCAGAAGUCAUACCCAUUCCAAUUCCCAUACCUUGAUUAUGUUGACAACGGAAGUCCUUUGCCAAAAACGAAGGCUGCGGAAAUGGCAAACGAAUUGGGCGAUGCGACAAUGGCGGACUUUUUCCCGCCGUUUCCGGAGCUUCUGAGUCGACAAUGGCGCCAGCGCCAGGAAAACUAUAUCAAACAGUUGUUGGUGCAGCAGAAGUGGCAAUCUCCGCCAAAAUCCAAGCCCAAGCGGUCGCCGAUCCAAUGGCCCUUCGACACGGGCAGUCGGGAGGAUGCGGAGCAGCCGCCGCCAGAUGAACCGCGCUAUCCGUACGCCUACUUCUGGCCCAACGGACAGCGGCCCGGGAAGCGCAAGAACCAGCUGCAGACGCAGAGUCUGCGUUACAUGCCCUCGAUCAGUGCUGGAGCCAUGACCAAUCUGGGCAACUUUUUCAACCAUCUUGAGGAAAACGUGCGCUUUGCGGAGCGGUCGCACCUGGGCGAGUCGGAGGCACGCCUGCUGGAGGGCAAACAUCCCCAUCCGCUCCAAAUGAAAGCCACCCCAAACGCGACAGAGGACCCAGUGCAGCAGCAGGUGCAGGACCAGAAGACCUCGAAGCUGCUGCAUGCCAUACGCAAUUACCGACCCUCGCAGAAGAUCCGCUCGCUGGUGUCGCGCAACCCGCAGGGCUAUCGCGGCUCGCAGCUCAUCGAUCCCAGCUACAUGUGGCUGGGACUGGGCAAAUAACAGUAAGCCCGUCGAUGGCCGACUCUUAUAGCCAUAUGACAUUAGACUUUGCCAACAUGAUAUCAAGACGCACAAUGAGUGUCUCCAGACAAGUUUCCCGGAAAUAGCACUCAUACCAAACCCAACUCGAAUUUGGUUCGAGUGACCGAGUAUCUCUCCCUCAAACUGCCAGCAAAAUUGGAUCAAAUUUCAACAGCUCUCUGCAUGCUUUUCUCCAUGAGACUAUGUCUGUUUUUGCGGUUAUUUCAGUUGUCAAUGUCUAAUGUCAUAUGGCCAUUAACACCAUAAAAUGUGCAGCUGCGCUGCUUUUUCUUUGUAGGCCCCAAAUUAUUGUUUGUUUUUUAGUCUGUGUAUAAAAUAUAUUUAGAGGAAUCAGCAAAAAUGGCAAAUAUUCUUUCGGCAUCUUAGCGAUCACAUUCGAAGAGGAAUAGGCAUAUGAUACGGGCGUGUGAGUAAGUAUAUGUGGAAUAUAAUGUAUGUUUAGGUGAUUUUACUUUGUUCUGGCUUCCUCUUAAACUGCCUUUGAAAGCUGUUUGUUUCCAAUUUAGAUCUUGGUAUAAUUCGGAUAGGUGGCGCCCGAGUGGUCGCCCGAUCUUUGAGGUGGUCCCUGGAUCAGCGGGCGCUGCUGAUCGCUUGUGAGCUGGAUGUGCUUGAACAGCGAGUAGAUGCCGUAGUAGAGGUACCACCAAAGCG